AUGAUGGAAGACGAAGACUACGAGUUCGAUUACGAGGACUCCGACCAAGAACAGGAUGACGGGCAGGUGGACAUGGAGAAUGAGUACUACACAGCGAAAGGCCACCUACAAGACGGGCAGCUUCAGUCGGCCCUUGAAGGGUUUCAGAAAGUGUUGGACAUGCAAUCAGAUAGCAAGGGAGAGUGGGGGUUCAAGGCCCUGAAGCAGAUGGUCAAGGCGCUGUUCCGGCAGUCGAGAUACGAUGAGAUGAUGAAGAGAUACAAGGAGCUUCUUGUGUACCUGCACGUGGUGACCAAGAAUCAGAGCGAAAAGGUCAUGACCAAGAUCGUUGACUUCGUGUCUGGAUCACCAGACAUGGACUUCCUAGAAACCUUCUACGACACAACCCUGACGGCCCUCAAGGACUCUCUUAAUGAACGCCUGUGGUUCAAGACCAACAUGAAACUGGCGAAGCUGUGGUUUGAUAAGCAUGAGUUCAAUCGGUUGCAGAAAAUUCUCAAGGAAUUGCAUCGAUCAUGUACGACCGAUGCUGGUCAAGACGAUCAGAAGAAGGGGACGCAGCUUCUGGAGCUCUACUCCCUGGAGAUUCAGAUGCACACUGAGAAGAAGGACAACAAGAAACUUCGAUCGACGUACGAGCAGGCGAUGAAGGUCAAGAGCGCCAUCCCCCACCCCCUCAUCAUGGGAGUGAUCCAUGAGUGCGGCGGCAAGAUGCACAUGCAGGAGCGAGAUUGGGCUUCUGCUUCCAAGUGCUUGUUUGAUGCUUUCAAGAAUUACGAUGAGGCUGGCAAUCAGAAACGCAUUCAAUGCCUCAAGUACCUCAUCCUUGGAAAAAUGCUCUCAAUGGAAGACGCCAACAUCUUUGAAGCUCCCGAGGUCAAACCUUACAAGCAAGACCCCGAGAUAACAGCAAUGAACGACUUGAUGAUGGCGUAUCAGCGGGACGAGAUCAAAAACUUUGAAAACAUUUUGUCGAGAAACCAGAAGAAGAUCAUGGAGGAUCCUUUCAUUCGGAAUUACAUUCAAGAUCUCUUGAAGAAUAUUAGAACCCAGGUGCUUGUCAAGACCAUCAAGCCGUACACGAGGAUCAAGAUCCCGUCGAUCGCUGCUGAGCUCAACAUCCCUGAAUCGGACGUUGAGGCUCUCCUCGUGUCGCUUAUCCUCGAUCGCAAGAUCAUCGCAAAGAUUGACCAGGUCAACCACAUGCUCGUCUUGGAUACGGCAGAUGAUGCCAAGAGCAAGUACGAGGCGCUCGACCAGUGGCGGGAAAAGCUUUCAGCGCUUCAUGCAACGGUGAUCAACAAGAUAGGACAGACUUAG